AUGAUUGAGUCAGGAAGUGUGACAUCUCUGUCUCCUGGAGCGGCUGGUAUCGUCUCUUCAUCAACAGCACGAGCGCUCAUAUCCCAGAUAAGUGUGUUGCUCGGUAUAGCUGUGGCACUGAUGCCCCACUGUGGAUACGCGGUGGACACCCAACAGUUGAGGAUGGAGUCGUCACUCGAGAUGUCUGUGGUCACUGGGACAAUUACUGCUGCUAUUUCGGGUAAUGAUAUUCACAUGAGCUCUGUCUACACAUUCAUGAUAUUUGUGUCUCUGUUCAUUAAUCACUAUUCAUCUAAACUUUCAGACACUGGCAGCGUUACCACUACAGCUGUCAGACCAGUGACCAUCUCAACUGCAAAUAAAACAGACGAACUGCUUCUCCUCACCCGCACAAACAAGGACUUUUCAAACUCUGCUGCACUUUGCUUCACGGAAACCUGGCUGAACGGAGCCAUCCCGAACAUCUGCCGGGCUUCCAGCUGUUCAGAGUGGAUCGCAUCACCGAGUCAUCGGGGUAAACGAAAGGCUGUGGAUUAUGUGUUUAUAUCAAUGAAGGCUGGUGUACAGAUGACUUACUUAACAUAUAACAAUGACAAACCUUGGUUUACUGCAAAACUCACACAGCUUCACCAGGAUGCCUACAGGUGCGGGGACAAAGCCUUGUACAAACAGGCCAAAAACACACUGAAUAAGGAGAUCAGUGUAGCAAAGAGAAGCUAUGUAAACAAGGUAGAACACCAGCUUUCAGCUACUGACCCUGCAUCAGUGUGGAAGGGCCUGAAAACCAUCACCAGCUACAAGACCCCAUCCCCCAGCACUGUGGACAACCAACAUUUGGCCAACGAGCUCAAUACAUUUUACUGCAGGUUUGAAAGGCCUGGUCUCACACCCCACACUCGCUCAGACCGUCUCACCACACAGCCAUCAACACCCUCACUCCCCUCCCUCCCCCCUCUCCCCCUCUCCCCCUCUCCCCCCUCUCCCCCUCUCCCCCCUCUUGCUUCUCAACUUGCACUUCAGAUUAGAGAGAGGGAUGUAUGCAGAGUCUUCAGGAAACAGAAGAUGAGGAAAGCCAAAGGCCCAGACGGUGUUUCACCAGCCUGUCUCAAAGCCUCUGCUGUCCAGCUGUCAUCCAUCUUCACACUGAUCUUCAACAGAUCACUGGAGCUCUGUGAAGUCCCCUCCUGCUUCAAAUGCUCCACCAUCAUCCCUGUACCCAAGAAACCAAAAAUCACAGGACUAAAUGACUACAGACCUGUUGCUUUGACAUCUGUAAUCAUGAAGUCAUUUGAGAGACUGGUGCUGGCCUACAUUGUCUUCAUUCUGAUUUCUGUCAUUGCAGGUAUAAAUAUAACACUGAAGGACGGAUGCACCAGUCAGAACUGUUUCCAAAAUCUACUUGAGCAGAUCGAGAACAUCUCAACAUCUCAAGUGCUCUCUGUGACUACUGUGAUGAACAUUUUGGCUAUGGCCUUCAACACUUCAGAGAAGAUUUUAGAGUCGUCAUCAUCAUCAUCAUCAGUCAGCCCAACUGAACUCGCUUCCCAAGGAAACAGUAUGUUAAAAACCAGUGAGAAACUCAUUUCUACAUUGGUGAAGCCGACAUACACAAGUGACAAUGUCAGUUUUACUCUUGCAGCUGUAGAAGGACAAGUCUUCAUGGUUAGACCAAAUGUCGCCUUAAAUAAAACCCCUCGACUUGACACAACAAAUUCUUCUGUGGACAUUGAUCUCAUUGGGAUUGCAAAGAACAACAAUAAAGCUGCUGUGGCUUUCAUGAGCUUCAACACAAUGGAGAAUCUACUGAAGCCCGACUUCUUCAACACAUCAAAUGACACGAUUAAAACCAUGAUGUCCAUUGUGAUCUCAGCUACUCUUCCCAAAACCACCAACACUAAACUCACCAAACCAGUCAACUUCACCCUCAAACACAUCAGAGAGUUCGACCCCAGCGGUUCUCUGUCCUGUGUGUACUGGAAUAUCAGCGAGUGGAUUGUAGAUGGUUGUUCUGUUUUAGAGACCAACAGCAGCUACACUGUGUGUUCCUGUGUUCAUCUGUCGACAUUCGCUCUCAUCAUGCAAACCAGCAGACCACCAGAGAACGACUCACUACUGGAGAUGUUGAAUUUGGUGUGUGUGAUCGUGGGGCUGGUGUUCUUCAGUUUGGCUCUGUUGACCUUUGCCCUUUGUCAGUGGAGUCCUGGAGUGAAUAAUGUGGCUCGAAUCAACAUCUGCAUCAGUCUUCUGCUGGCUCACCUUCUGUUCCUGCUCACACAACAGUUCCUGAACCUCAUACGCCGUCAUCAGGUGUUGUGUGCCGUGAUAUCAGGUGUGCUGCACUUCCUCUUUCUCUCCGGCUUUGUGUGGAUGUUCACUGAAGCUGUGCUGCUCUUCAUCUGUGUGAAGAACCUAUCACAGAUCAGCUCCAAAAAGAGGGAGGUGCUUAGCAGUGGAUUCCUGUGUGUGAUUGGAUAUACAGUUGCUCUGGUUGUGGUGGCUGUGUCUGUCGGGCUUGUUCCUGAAGGCUACGGCAGCGAUCACUGCUGGAUUAUAAUGGAUAAAGGUUUUAUCUGGAGUUUUCUGGGUCCUGUUUGUGUCAUACUAGCGUUGAACAUGAUUCUCUUCAUCAACAUCUUCAUCAGUCUGAACUCAACUCUCAAAAAUCUGAAUGCUGAAGUUUCACAGAUGAAACAAACCAAGAUUAUGGUAUUUAAAACACUGGCUCAGUUUGUGGUUCUUGGUUGCUCCUGGAUUCUGGGUUUCUUCACUAAUGGCAGUAAGGUGCUGGAGAUCCUCUUCCUGAUCUUGAACUCCCAGCAGGGAACCUUCAUCUUCCUGGUCUAUUGUGUCCUCAAUAAUGAGGUCAGAUAUGACUCAAUUUACCAUCAUAAUCCAUGA